AGGACCCUAUAAAUCUGGGAAACAUGGGACCCUACAAAUCUGGGGAACAUAGGACCCUAUAAAUCUGGGAAACAUGGGACCCUACAAAUCUGGGGAACAUAGGACCCUGGAAACAUAGGAAUGAACCCUAGACGGGAGACCAGCAACAACAUUCUGUCAAACCUGUAGAACUAAGUUAUGCACUAUAGCCAUCUUUGUAAAAUAAUAGAUUACUCUAGUGACAGACCGGGGGAAAUAGAUAGUUACAGCCUACUUUGUUGAGCCUUUAGACGUCUUCUCAAAUUACACCUUCACCAGAGUAGCUCCGAUAUGGCCGCCACUUUCCCUGUUUUUCUGCUUUUUUGUGCUGUUUUAUUCACCGUGACAGUCGCUUUUGAGUACUGUGGAACAGAUACCAGCAAAAGAGAUUACAUUAUUUGUGAUCAUAAGUGGGACGGGAGUGUCCUGGAAUUCUGCUGUGGGACAUGUGAUAACAAAUAUUGCUGCUCCGAUCCACAGAAAAGAUUAACCAGUGAUGCUCAAAUUGACUGUUUAAAUGAAAGCCUAAACAAAAUAAGGAAAGCUCUUGAGCCUCCACAUGACUCUGAUGACACAGUGACUAUUGUCAUCACCUUGACAGUAGUGGGAGCUGUGAUCCUCAUCAAGCUGUUCAUCCUCUGCUGGGUCUGUCCCUGCUGCUGUCUCUAUAAAAAGUGCAGAAAUCCUAGACCAACAACGACAGUCGUCACUACACAAUUCCUUCCGACUAUCAUCCGGGGAAGUCAGUACCCACCGUACCAGCCUUUGCCAAAUCAACCAGAGCACUGCAAUCAGCCAGCUUAUGGAGGGCAACACAUGGCAACUGGACCAUUUCAGGGACGGCCCUAUGUACCAGGACUACCACCCCCAUAUCAGGAGGCCGGUUCAGGAUAUCCUCUUCCCUACAGUCAGGCUGGAUAUGAUGGUGGCCAGGCCACAUAUCCUGCACAACCACCAGCUCAGCUGGGUUUUGCUCACCAGCCGACAGACUACACCUCACCUCAGCCAGCCUACAACCUAGCCUACAUGGAAUCAUAAAAGCCCAGUUACUAAACAACAACUGACUUUUGCCUCAGCAAUCAAUGCAUUAUAAGGCUUAUACACUUCCACGCUGCAAUGCUUUUGUGAAACGUACAACUACUAUAGACACUAUCUUGAAAUCGUAUUGGAAUAAAAUUAUUAUUGUGGCAUUUAAAUUUUCUUGUGCACCAGUCCCAUAUAUUUUGGUCGUACUGUGAAUUAUGUGUUCUAUUAUGUGUCUUUAGCUUCACUGUACUUCUGCAGAAAAGUCUCAGGAGAUUCACAUGUGAUAUUCAUACACUGUUUAUUUGGAGUCCUUCAGUGAAAGCAAAUCUUGCGAUGCUUUCACAGAACAACACCUAGGCCACAUCCACACUAAUGUUUUAGUUUGAAAAUGCAUCUUUUUCUCUUUGUUUUGGCCUUCCGUCCAUACUGAGAUGGUGUUUUUGUCCAGCGAAAACUCAGCUUUUCGAAAACACUCCCCCAAGUGGAUACAUUUUAAAGCGCUGUAUUUCCGUUGUAGUGUGGACUGGGUGGCAUUGGCAAACAAUGGCAUAUUUGUUGUCAUGUGAUGCAGUCAUGUGAACCAUUCAACCCAAAACAAGAUGGCGGCCCACAUUGUAGCGGGGUUAUUGUGCCUGCUAUCCACUUUGAUAGUGUUGUUAAAGAUAAUGUUACCUUGUACAACCUUAACAUGGCAUUCCUUUAAAGGCGACGGGAAGUUUACUCAGAAUUGCUGUCUGGCAGAGGAACACCAGGACAAUUGCGUUUCAGACCGUUCAUGGAACGGCGAUUUUUCAUUUGCGAAGUAAAAUAGAUUUAAGCGUUUUCAGACAUUUCAGUGUGGACGAACCGUUUUCCAGUGUAUCCGGAUUAAUGUAUUAAUGUAACGUAAUGUUAUUGUAUCAAUCUUAAACGGAUCAGUGUUUUGUUCAAAAGUUAUAUUACAAGCAAUUCAAUGUGAAGCUUUUGCUUUUGCUCCUCUUUAAGACUAUUUUUAUUGUACCAUAACAAAAUAUGGACUAUUUUUAUAUCAACAUUACUGCUUUUACUGAAUGCUGUGGCUGUACUCCAGAUUCACAGCUGUAUGUUAUGCUGGGUAUUUUUUACUAUAUUAAAUGUACCUAUUGCCAGUCUAAAUGGGAAUCUUGAGAUGCCUUUUUUGAUCAACUAUCCUUUUUCAUAUUUUAGUUUUGUUUAUAAGGAUAUAAGACACAUAAAGGAUCCUAGAUUGGUACUGUUAAUUUUUCAGAGUUUGUUUAUUCUCAUUGUGUAUUGGGCCUCUUUUUCAGAUCUACAUUUGAAAAUAAAUGUUAAGGAUACAUUA